AUGGGUCGAACUCGGGAGGCUGGCUGUGUGGCUGCUGGUGUGGUGAUCGGGGCUGGUGCCUGCUAUUGUGUAUACAGACUGACCUGGGGAAGAGAUGACAACGAGAAAAUCUGGGACUACAAUGAUGAUGACGAAGAUGGGGAAUCUAGUGAUAUUACAGAAAUUGGGGUGGAGGCUGGGAAAGGAGCUAAUACUGCAGUGGGGGGCAGAGCUAGAUUUCAGGGUGACUCAAAGGUCAAAGUUAAAGUGGGCAAGGAAUUCAAGAGUGGUCCAGAUAUAAAAAUGGAAGCCCACUCAGGAACCCAGAGAGGAAGUGGCCUAGAGGCCAAGGCCAAGGCCCUUUUCAGCACACUGAAGGAACAGGCAAGUGCAAAGGCAGGCAAAGGGGCCAGGUUGGGUACCAUCUCUGGGAGCAGGACUCUUGCAUCGAGUUUACCCUGCCCAGGAGGCAGGGGUGGAGGCUGCCACCCCACCAGGAGUGGAGCUAGGGCUAGGAGCAGGGCAAGUGGAAAGUCCAAGGGAAAGGUCGAAGCUAAGAGCACCAGAACUCCAGCUACCACAUGGCCUGUUCACAGGGGCAAGUUCAACUUUCCCUAUAAAAUUGAUGAUAUUUUAGGUGCUACAGACCUUCAAAAAGUCCUUGACAUCCUGGAAAGAACAAAUGAUCCUUUUAUUCAAGAAGUAGCCUUGGUCACUCUCGGUAACAAUGCAGCAUAUUCAUUUAAUCAAAAUGCCAUUCGUGAAUUGGGUGGUCUCCCAAUUAUUGCAAAACUGAUAAAAACGAAAGAUCCCAUUAUUAGAGAAAAGGCUUACAAUGCUCUUAAUAACUUGAGUGUGAAUGCUGAAAAUCAGGGCAAGAUUAAGGCAUAUAUCAGUCAAGUGUGUGAUGACACCAUGAUUUGUUGUUUGGACUCAGCUGUGCAGAUGGCUGGACUAAGACUGUUAACCAACAUGACAGUGACUAAUCAUUACCAACAUUUGCUUUCCUAUUCUUUUCCAGACUUUUUUGCUUUGUUAUUCCUGGGAAAUUACUUCACCAAGAUUCAGAUUAUGAAACUACUUAUAAACUUUACUGAAAAUCCAGCCAUGACAAGAGAGCUGGUCAGUUGUAAAGUACCAUCAGAAUUGAUUUUCCUCUUUAAUAAAGAAUGGGACAGAGAGAUUCUUCUUAAUAUCCUAACCCUAUUUGAGAAUAUAAAUGAUAACAUAAAAAAUGAAGGGCUUGCAUUAUCCAGGAAAGAGUUUAGCAGAAGUUCACUUUUUUUCUUAUUUAAAGAAUCUGGGGUGUGUGCUAAAAAAAUUAAAGCAUUAGCAAAUCACAGUGAUCUGGUGGUGAAAGUAAAAGUUCUCAAAGUACUGACCAAACUCUAA